UGGCCAUGGUGGUGCGGACGGGCGUUUUGAGAGCAUGGUGGCUGCUUGGACUGACCCUAGUUCUAACCUCUGCAGAGGAGUUCUCCUGGAGCAGGCAGAGUCCUGGUUCCUUCUAUUACAGUACUUUCCCCAAAGGGUUCCUUUGGGGUGUUGGCAGUUCGGCCUGCCAAACGGAAGGGGCUUGGGACAAAGCCGGGAAAGGCCCAAGUAUCUGGGACGCUUUCGGGCACCAGGGGGGAAAGGUGUUCAUGAACCACACCGCAGAUUCAGCAUGUGAAAGCUACUACAAGAUUAAGGACGACAUCCAGCUCCUGAAAGAACUGAAGGUCAACCACUAUUCGUUUUCUAUUUCCUGGCCCCGUUUGCUGCCCACAGGCAUUAAAUCAGAGAAAGUGAACCAGGAAGGUCUGCGAUUCUACAACGAUACGAUCAACGCUUUAUUGGCAAACAAAAUCAUUCCCUUUGUAACACUCUACUACUGGGAUCUGCCACAGGCUCUUCAACAAAAAUACGGCGGAUGGCAGAACAUAAGCAUGACACGUUAUUUUAAGGAUUAUGCAGAUUUGUGCUUUGAGAACUUUGGGGAUCGCGUGAAACACUGGAUUACUUUUAACAACCCUUGGGCAAUCGCUGAAGAGGGGUAUGAAACAGGACGGCACGCGCCGGGCAUGAAGCUGGGCUCGGCUGGAGUUUAUAAAGUAGCACAUCACAUAAUCAAGGCUCACGCGGAAGUGUGGCACUCUUAUCAGAAGAGAUGGCGCCGUCAACAGCAAGGCCAGGUCGGGAUCUCUUUAAGCAGUGCCUGGGGGGAGCCCAUUGACCUGAGCAGCAAGGCCCAUGUGGAAGUAGCAGAGAGAUACAUGCAGUUUUCCCUGGGAUGGUUUGCAAAUCCGCUGUACCAUGGAGACUAUCCUGGCAUUAUGAAGGAGUAUGUAGGUAAAAAGAGCGCUGAACAAGGAAUACCAUCAAGACUCCCGGCUUUUACAGUGCCAGAGAAAAACUAUGUUAAAGGCACCGUGGACUUCUUAGGAAUCAGUCAUUUCACCACCUAUUACAUUUCCCAGAAGAGCUACCCCCCUCCAGGAAUGAGUUAUUUCACUGAUGGCAACUUGGUGGAAUUGGUGGACCCCAAGUGGCCCGAAUCCGGCUCCAAGUGGCUGUAUUCUGUGCCCUGGGGCUUCCGGAGGUUACUCAACUUUAUCAAGGUACAAUACGAGAACCCGCUAAUUUACGUGACGGAAAAUGGCAUUUCAGAAAAGCUGCCGUGUGCACAGCUAUGCGAUGGCUGGCGAAUAGACUAUUUAAAGGGGUAUAUUAAUGAGAUGCUAAAAGCCAUCAAAGACGGCGUUAACGUCCGGGGCUACACGGCGUGGUCUCUGCUGGAUAAAUUUGAAUGGAACAGAGGCUACUCGGAGAGAUUUGGACUCUAUUAUGUUGAUUUUCAAAAUCUGAACAAACCUCGUUAUCCAAAAGCCUCUGUUCACUAUUAUAAGAAAAUCAUCAAGGCAAAUGGAUUUCCUAAUGCGAAGGAGGUGGCAAGCUGGCACCACCAGGCCACCGAUAUCUGCUCUUCUAGCAGCCAGCUUCUUGUGACAGAAGAACAGCGGAAAACUGCUGCUAAAAUGCUCAGGCUAAUUCAUGAGCCUUUGGCCACUCACAUGGAAAUGGUGACCGAGAUUGUCGUGCCAACCGUUUUCACCCUCUGUAUUCUUAUCAGUGCCAUCUUGCUGCUCUUUCUACUCCGGAAACAUCACUAACA